AUGUAUGUGAGUUAUCUUUUGGAAAAAGAAGCCAGCAUGUAUCCCGGAUCCGUAAGGUGCAGCAGCAGCAGCAGCAGCAGCAGCAACCUGCCAGCACAAAACUUUGCCUCCACGGCACCCUACACAGAUUACAUGGGAUACCACCCUAUGCAAAGCAUGGAGAACCGCGGACAAGCAUCAGGGGCCUGGGGCGCUCACUACGGCCUGCAAAGGGAGGACUGGAAUACCUACGGCCCAGGACCUUCCAGUGCAGUGGCCCCCACGCAAAUGAACGGAUCACCUCCUGAGCAUGUUUCCUAUGGAUCUGCCGAUUACAACACCCUGAAUCCCGCUGGAUCGGGGGCUUUACCCCCCAUAGAUACAAUUAAUACAGAGCAAAUCUCUCCCCACAGUCAAAGACAAAGCUCUUAUGAAUGGAUGAGGAAAACAGUCCAAUCCACUUCAACAGGGAAGACAAGGACAAGAGAGAAAUACCGUGUUGUUUACACGGAUCACCAGAGAUUAGAACUGGAGAAGGAGUUUCAUUACAACAGAUACAUUACCAUCCGGAGGAAGUCCGAACUCGCUGCAAACCUAAGACUUUCUGAGAGACAGGUAAAAAUCUGGUUCCAGAAUCGCAGAGCCAAAGAAAGGAAAUUAAUGAAGAAGAAAAUGACAAAUUUUGAGGGCAGCCUCGGUUCUAUCCAGAGUGACUCUGGUUCGAUGAGCCCCAUCCCCAUCCCAGACCCACAGACUCAUUCAGAAAUGGCUGGCCCCCUGUUCCCGCCGCCGCCGCCCCCGCCGCCACCCCCACCACCCCCUCCUCUUCCAAUGAACAGCUUGCAGCACAACGGGGCCCUUCAGCAGGUCGUGGCAUCUCAGUAA